AUGCACGAGCGGGAAGCGGAGCGGCUGCUGAAGGCGGAGAGGAGGGCGGCGAGCAACGCUCGCCUCGUCGCGCCCCUCGCUAGCCCCGCUCAACGCGGCACACAAUUACCGCCCUCCUCCGGCAGUGUCGUGUCGCCAUCCCUCCUCGCUCUACCGACCCCCCUCUCGCCCCCGCACGUGCUCUCACACGAACCACCGCCGCCAGCGCGCCACCUUGCUCCCCUGCACAGCCCCACUCCCACGCACGCCGCCGCUGACGCCGCACCGUCGCCUCGUGGCCCGCUCCAUGGCGCGUCGCCCCUCGCGCCUCCCGCACAGCAGGGUGCCGGCGGUGACUCCAAAACAUCGCCAUCGCGUCACGUGCAGCGCGUGUUCGUGUCGCUCAUCGUGGUCUUUGCCGCCUCGCUGCUGCUCCUCUCGCAGCUCCCCUUCAUCAUCUCCGUGCUGUCCCCGUUUUUGUCGCCGUUCGAUAUAAGCGUGGAGGGGGCGGAGCAGGUGGAGCAGGCGGGGGCGGCGCAGGUGGGCGGCGUGUGGUCGCAGCUGCGGCAGCACCGCGGCAGCCUCGCGCUGCUCUUCCUCACGCGCGGCCCCAUCCCCCUCGCCCCGCUCUGGGAGAAAUUCCUUCGGGUGCGUCGCUGCCUCGUGCGCCUCCCCCCUGCGGACCCCCUCUUCGUGUGUCCCAGCCUCGUGCCUCCCCCCGCGUGCCUCCCCCUGCGUGCCUCCCCCCGCGUGCCUCCCCAGUCGUGCAUCCCCCCUCCAAUCAUAUUCUCUUGGGAAUUUAUGGACGCCUUUUCCUGUCUUGCCACUCACAUCACAUGCAUAUCGCCCUCUAUCGCACUGUGUCGAACCCCCUUCCCUCCUUUCCCCCCCCGGCCUCCUUUACACCCUCUCCCUCCCCCUCCCCCCCAAACGUCCCUUCUCCCUUCCUCCCCUCCCCCUCUUCCCCUCUCCCCCCUCCACCGACCCUCGUCCCGUCCCUCUCCUUCCCCCCUUCUCCCCGCUCCCCCUCCUCCCCACAUCCCCCCCAGGGCCACGAGGGGCGCUACACCAUAUACGUGCAUGCAUCCAACACCUCCUUCUCCUUCCCGCCCGGCUCCUCGCCCCUCUUCCGCGGCCGCCUCGUUCCAGGUGGAGAGGUGA